CUCCUCUCUACGGUAACGGAACGAAAGCUGAGAAUCCUCUGCUUGGGUCUUAAUGGCGCGCAAGAGGCACGGCGCGACCCUUCUUCUGCUGGCCAGCUGAGCUGGCCAGAAGUGGGAUGUGCCUGGGGCCCGGGCGGUCCUCUACUGGGCAUGGCGCCACUGGGCCCCCCGUGCCCAGCAAUUGACCUGUGGAUCCCACCCUGGCAGGGCUUGUCUGGAAGCAUCCAAACAUCCUGUGGUUUGGGAAACUGUCUUUAAAACGGGGCGCGGAGGAGGAGAGUCUUGCAGCGUCUCACGUGAUCACCCCCCCACACACACACACAUGUAACUAAUUAUCCCUUGGAUGAGCGGGAUAUAAAAUGUAAAAAAAAAUUAAUAAAAUAAAUAACCACACUGAAAAGUAUUAUCCGAGCCUGCCCAGUCCGGACUAUAACCAGGAGGCGAAAACCGUUCCGCCUUUACAAAGAUGGCUGCCUGAGGCUGUCUCCAGCUUCUCCGAGUCCAGGGGCCUGGGAGUGGGGGCAGCUGGUAGGAAGGCACACCCGACGGCCGACUCCUCCCUCUCAGCAAGACAGAGGGCGGUAGCGAGCUCCGUGUGCGGGGAAAUCGGGGUGGGACGGAAUCCCUUUCCCAGCGAGGACCUCGGCGUCCUAUGGUGAGGUUCGGAGUGCUGCUGCGGAGUUCCCUCAAGCCCGUUUCGCUGCUCUCGGCGACUUACGGGUGCACACCUCAGCCCCAGCAGCAGCUCGGAGGCACCAGCUGGAGAGCCCGGCAGCCCCAACCAGAGAGGAAGAGCAGCCCAGUCAUGGACGAAGAGGUAGAAAAAUCACCCCGGGAGCCGUUUCAGGAGAGUGCUUCACCAAAAGAAAUGGAUGAAGAAGAGCCUUUUUUCAACUGCAGUCAGUAUCCCAAAGAAGCAGUAAGAAAACGGCAAAAUUCAAGUCAGGGUUCUCAAAGCAGCGAUUCCUCCAGGACAUCCAGAAAAAGUUUCAGAUUAGAUUACAGGUUGGAGGAAGAUGUAACAAAAUCGAAGAAAGGUAAAGAUGGAAGGUUUGUCAAUCCAUGGCCAACAUGGAAAUCGCUAUCUUAUCCAAAUAUUUUGAGGUGGUAUCUUACAGAAAAGGACAACAGCAAGGUCCCGCAUUCAAAGCAGGAACUUGACAGAGAGCUUCCAGUAUUAGAGCCUUACUUUGUCCAACUCCCAGAACUAGCCGGAAAAACUGGAGAGGGUAUGCGAGUCACAUGGCUUGGACAUGCAUCAGUAAUGGUGGAAAUGGAUGGAAUUACAUUUCUUACCGACCCCAUCUUCAGUCAGCGAGCUUCCUUUGUACAGUGCAUGGGUCCCAAGCGUUUCCGAGGACCUCCAUGCACAGUGGAUCAACUCCCCAAAAUAAAUGCAGUGCUAAUCAGCCACACGCACUAUGACCAUUUGGACUACUAUACUGUAAUGAAUUUGAAUGAUCGCUUUGGCAGUGAUCUGAGAUGGUUUGUGCCCCUAGGUCUCUUAGACUGGAUGCAGAAAUGUGGCUGUGAGAAUGUAAUUGAACUGGACUGGUGGGGAGAAAACUGUGUUCCUGGUCACGAUGAGAUUACGUUUGUUUUCACACCUUCUCAACACUGGUCCAAGAGGACUGCAAUGGAUGACAACCAAGUUCUCUGGGGAAGCUGGUCUGUCUUGGGACCAGGGAAUAGGUUUUUUUUUGCAGGAGAUACUGGCUAUUGUGUUGCUUUUGAGGAGAUAGGGAGGAGAUUUGGCCCUUUUGAUCUUGCUGCGAUUCCCAUAGGAGCAUAUGAACCACGGUGGUUUAUGAAAUACCAGCAUGUGGACCCUGAAGAAGCAGUAAGGAUUCAUAUUGAUGUUAAAGCAAAGAAGUCUGUUGGAAUUCAUUGGGGAACCUUUGCUUUGGCAAAUGAGUACUACCUGGAUCCUCCAGCUAAACUGAAAGAAGCUCUUGAUAGAUAUGGAUUAAAAACAGAAGAUUUCUUUGUCUUAAAGCAUGGAGAGUCAAAAGAUUUAAAUAUAAAUGAUGAUGGAUUCGAAUAAAUAGAAAUAUUCAGUUUCUUAUGCACAUCUGACAAAGCAGAAAAGAUUGAGAAUACAUAAAAAAAAUUAAAUUGUAUUUUUAAGACUUCGUGUGUAUUUAUCAACCAGUUCCCUAAAUCCCCUUGCAUAUCAGCUUUAUAAAACACUUUUUUAAAACAAUGGAAUUGCAACUCUGGAUGCUAUUAACUUAGCUAACAUUGCCUGUAGAAUACUAUUUCAUCUUUUAAGAAUAUUGGACAACAUUCAGUGUAGUUAGUCAUGAGUAAUUUAUGUAACAUUAAUUUCAGUGGGACUUAUUCUGAAUGUUGCUCACUAUUUUUGUUGUGUAGCAAUGCCACUACAGGUAUUAACUGCGUGUUUGGGGGGAUUAGGCCACAAUCUGGAAGAGCCAAGGGGGCAUGUGUUUGGUUGCAUAGCUGCUCCCUGCACCAAACUUCUGUAUGCCUUUUAAGCCUCUAUUCACCCAGUUUAAAACUUUCUGGUUCAGUGCUGGGGGAAUAAGAUGAGGUAAGAACUCUCAAUGAACAUGCAGAUUUGGUACCAUGAGGACUUGGAGACUCAGCAGAGAGGUGAUUUGUAUAUAGAAAUCAUUUUCUGCAUGUGUUUGACUGAGAGACUGCUCUAGGUGAGCAAAAUCUCCCACAUCAGCUCCUGGAUUGCAUGUGCAAAGGAUUGUGAGCUUCUGUCCAGAGAUCAUGUGCACAUUUGCACUCAGCUGUGCUUAUAGAGCCUUUUUUAUCUGAUAGUGGGCCCUUCAUCCUCUCCUACAACUCACCUGACUGCCAAAAGUGAAGAAUUCUAUAGCAUUGUUCAACAUAUAUAAACUACAUGUUCUCUAGAAUUCAUAUGUUCUAUAGACUCUACAGUAUUUGAAAAUAAAACUGUUCAUCAAAACUAUUCCUAUGUGUUCAGAGCUAGCAAUUAGAUAGCAGCUUUGUGUGUCCUAAAAGCAGUCCCUUGGAAGGAAGUCCCACUGAAAUGAUGAGAAUUUUUAGUAACUGUGCUUAUGAUCUGCUAUUCUGGAAAGGAGAUACACAGCCCAAUCCUAUGCAUGUUUACUGAAAAGUAAGGCCCACAUGUCAAUGGGACUGACUUUCCAGCAAGUAUGCUUAAAACAGCAGACUUGACAUCAAAGGCUGUUCCAAUCCAAGUUACCCUGACUUGCUUGGGUUUUGUGUUAUGCUGUAACUGAGAAGCUGCUCAAUAUUAGUCUAAGAACAAUUACACUACCCUGCUAGAAGUGGUUUUGAGCCUUGCAACCAAUGCAAAAGUCAUACUGAAGCAAAUAAAUGCUUUGAACACUACAGCCUUGGUGUGAAUAAUUCUCAGUCCAUUAUUUUUUUAUGAGCAAUUCACCUGGAGUAUGUGCCCUGUGCCUUCAUAGCUGAUGAAAUUAAGAUUUGAGAUGAAGUCUUCCAAUAUUGUUGCUGGAGCACAUUUUAAACAAUACUUUUUACUGAAUGCUUGUAUUUUAAUUUGCAAAUAAAAAGCCAAGUUUAGAAAUCUAAUGUGCCUUUUUAAAGAGUUGCAACUACUAAAAAUGCCUCACAGUAUCUGUACUUUAUCCAGAUUCUGUGCACCUGCAGUUUGUUUUCACUGUGAAAUUGCUCUUUGUCACAGGCCUGAAUACUUCUAUUGUUCUGAGAAUUAGAUUAGCAAGUACUGUUCCUAUAACUAAGAUCACCAGAUUGUUCUCUGAAAUCUUUAUUCAGCUCUUUGUUUCUACUUUCCCCCUCCCUGACCCAAACAAACUCUGAUAGCAGUACGAUGUGGAAAAAUAUGUUUAGGUUGCUUAUGCAAUUGAAAGCAUGACUAUAAACUUGUUCAGUAUUGUAAGACUGCCAAAUGUAUCAAAUUACUAUACUGAUUUACAAAAUAGACGCUCAAAUGUUACUACUUUAUUGCACAAUACUUUGAAUUAUUGUGGGUACUGGAAUAACGCUUGCUAGCUAUGCUUUCUUCUGAGUGCACCCCAAUUUAUAUGAAUGCAUUUAAGUACUCCUUUCUCUCUGAAUUAUGGUUUGCUUGUCUUGUAUCAUUUCUCCAAAUAUGCAAUAUUUAAACGUGUGUAACUUUCCUCCGCUGUUUGACCAGUCCAGUAAACAUUUCAUUACAAACAAAGCUAA